AUGAAUCGUGCGUCAGGCAGGCGAACGAAAAAUUAUGAAACUCUGCCACCAGUUGUUUGGCCGACAGUACAAGGGAAUAAGGUUCAAACGCAAGUCUCGGUAGAGGAACAAGUGGAGAAUAAAGAAGUGAGAAGACAAGGCCAGGAGGAUCGAAUGGAGGGAGAUGGUCAGGAGGAAGAUCGACAGGAGGAAGAUCGUCAGGAGGAAGAUCGUCAGGAAGAAGAUCGUCAGGAGGAAGAUCGUCAGGAAGAAGAUCGUCAGGAGGAAGAUCGACAGGAGGAAGAUCGACAGGAGGAACAUCGUCAGGAGGAAGAUCGUCAGGAAGAAGAUCGUCAGGAGGAAGAUCGUCAGGAAGAAGAUCACCAGGAGGAAGAUCGACAGAAGGACUCUUCUAGUGGAAAUGUCGAGAUAUUAAGCCAAAAGGAAAAUGAAAAUGGAAACGUUAUUGAGGAUACUGUUACGAAUAGGGAGCAGGAUACAAUGGAAUUGGUUACUAACUUGAAUAUGGAACUAAAGACCUUUCAGUGUUACCCGUAA